CCUGAGGCUGACAAUUUUUAUCGAUGUGGGAGUGCUUCCAAUCCCCACUCUGAUUGGCCGCGCCACCUCGCGCAUUGCUUCCCAAAGCGGUUUAAACCCCUGCUCUCUCAGCCUUGCGCUGAACGGCUGGACAAGGCCAGCUCGAGUAAUGGCUCAUCCACGGCCUCAAAAGGACACAGAAAACGGUGAGUCGAUGGGCCAAGACUCGUUGACAUGGGCUCACGGUCCUGGGUGAGAUGAUAUAUUUUGAGGCGUCUCGCGGAAUGGUCCUCUUUAAAGCGAUUCUUCGUCCGCCAUCUUUUCGAUACAAUCAUCUUUCGUAGUUGCCGCUGCUACUAUCACAUACCAGCAUAACGUUACAACGUCAUACGAAGCAAGAUCUACUCUAUCUAGCUCGCCCUUUUUGAAUAUAUCACAAUGGUUGGCGUCCCAGGCCGCUCAAAGGGUUGCAAUACCUGCCGGAAGAGAAGAAUAGCUUGCAGUCUCGACACCCCGGUCUGCAAGCAGUGCAUCAAAUCGAACCGCGAAUGUGGCGGCUACCAGCGCGAGAGACUGUGGGUGCCGAAUAACCAGGUUAAGCUCGAGGGCGGGGUUGCUCUUGGAGCUUCCACGCCAACAGCAUCAGGGACAUUGCCGAGCAGGACUGCAUGGAAGGCGUCCAAGGAUACCACAGUAGCUCUCGUAUGGACAAGCGCUCAAAAUAAACCGCACUAUGACAAGGUUGUGUCGCCCACACCUCGUUUAGGACGGAUGGUAGACUCGUACCGGCCGUUCCAGCAACAGCUAAUAGGCGAGUUUAUGCAUGCCUUUAUCCCGCACUAUGGGACGCCCGCGGCGACCGAGGACUCCUCGUGGCUAUUAUGCUUGCCGGGGAUGGUUGGUUCUGCGCCAGCGCUCGAGGCGGCACUAAUGGCGCUGAGUACCUCACAGUUGGGACGGACGCACGAUUGUAUGGAGCUAGUGCAUGAGAGUCGGCGGCUGUACUGUGUUAGUCUCCGGGAACUGGGGAGGGCGCUAAAGGAUGAGAGGGUGUACCAGGAUGAGACUCUGGCAGCGUGUGUGGCGCUUGGGUUGUAUGAGGUUGUGGAGUGUCCAGCGGAGAGUGAUAAGGGGUUGAUAACGCAUUCGGAAGGGUGUAUGCGGUUGAUUGAGGCAAGGGGCCCGGAUGCGCAUAGUGGGGAUGCGGCACACCUGCUCUUCCUGUCGUGUCGGUACAGCUCGCUAAUGCAAGCCAUCCCCCAGAACCGCGCAACCUUCAUGAGCGACAAAGAGUGGCUAGAAGCACCAUGGAAGGGCAGGACCAAGUCACUAACCGACAAAUUCAUGGACGUCUUCAUGCUCGGUCCCACCAUCCUCGAAGCCGCCCAAUCCAUCGGCGACCUCAAGACCCCCUCCUCCCUCCUCGCCUGCCUCGCCGUCAUCGACUCCUGCUGGCGCGCCGACGCAGCCAUGCGCGCCCUCUACGCCGAGCUCGAAGCCAGCGUCGACGGCCCGCUGUUCUGGCCCGAGCUGUCUACGCUCGAUAACCCCGCGGACAACGCCGAGACGGGGAAGCUGUUCCCGGUUGCGUUCCACUUUGUUAAUUUUCGUGUUGCGAGGAUUUGUGAGUUGUACUGGGCUAUGUGCAUCAUAUUGUGGGGCGGGCUGUUCCACCUCUACCAUGCGGUGGCGCUUAUGGAGCCGCUCACGCCCGAUGAGAAUGAGUGCGCUUGCUCUACCCCUGUCCACGUAUGCCCGAGCGGAUUCAACAUUGCAGACCUCCCGCCGUUGCAGGACCGCGAUGUCAUGACGGCGGUGCGCAAUAUCUGCCAGUCGUUCGAGUACUGCGUGCAGCCCGCCAACCGACUGCUCGGAGCGUCAAGCAUCGCGUUCCCGCUGCAGGUGGUGAUAUCGACUCUGAGGGAGUUUCCGGGGAGGGAGAGAGAGAUUUGGUGGUGUUCGUCGGCGCUGGAUGUGAUUGAUAGGAAGGGGUUCCGGAUUUUGAAAUUUGCUAAGGCAUGACUAGGGAGGUGGGGUAGUGGAGGCAAGGUUUGUUGGUGUUUGAAUAUUGCGGAUUGGGUAUGGGGGCGCGUAAACUGGGAUGAAAUUGGGGAGCAAUUGGGUGCUAUGUUUAAGCAUUUGAGGUUGUAGGCAGCCGAUGGCGAUAUGGGGUAGAGGGGUAAGGGGUAAAUGCAAGGCUCUUCUGUCGCAUGGGUUUGGAUGAUGGUUUUUGGAGAUAAGCAAUUGAUAUAUCCCAUGUAGUUAUGAUCGCUAAGUUAUGUUUAAUCAGACAGGAGUAGCUUUGAGAUGUUCUAUGUCGUUGCGGUUUGAUGGAAGUGAUAAAUUAGAGGGC